GGCGCGGCGGGGGACACGGCGGCCGCGGCGGGGCUCGAUCGGGCAACGGCGGCGGCGACGGCGGCAGCUACUAGUUCUCCUCCUUCCUCAUCCCUUUGCUCCUUAUCUUCCUCCUUUCCUUUCCGGCUGUGUCUCCUCCACUUCCCCUAGCGGCAGCCCCGAUCCUACGUAAAGGCAUGACUUUCCGGUACCGCAGGGAAAAUAGGGUGCAAGCCCAGAAACUGUUUCCCCAUCACCACUUGUUGAAAAACUGAUUUGGAGGCAUCUCCGGGUUUGAACCAACGUAAGGUGCCAGGGAUUGAUGCGCCUCUGGUUUUGCUUGGAGACCGUUCACUACUAAGUAUCAGGACGUAAACAACUGGAAACUAAUCCGGUCCCUUAUUCAAAGUCAGAAUGGAACGAUUUGUAGUAACAGCACCGCCUGCUCGAAACCGUUCUAAGACUGCUUUGUACGUGACUCCCCUGGAUCGAGUCAGUGAGUUUGGAGGUGAGCUGCACGAAGAUGGAGGAAAACUCUUCUGCACUUCUUGCAAUGUGGUUCUGAAUCAUGUUCGCAAGUCUGCCAUUAGUGACCACCUCAAGUCCAAGACUCAUACCAAGAGGAAGGCAGAAUUUGAAGAGCAGAACGUGAGAAAGAAGCAGAGGCCCCUAACUGCAUCUCUUCAGUGCAACAGUACUGCGCAAACAGAGAAAGUCAGUGUUAUCCAGGACUUCGUGAAAAUGUGCCUGGAAGCCAACAUCCCACUUGAGAAGGCUGAUCACCCUGCAGUCCGUGCUUUCCUGUCUCGCCAUGUGAAGAAUGGAGGCUCCAUACCUAAGUCAGACCAGCUGAGGAGAGCAUAUCUGCCUGAUGGGUAUGAGAAUGAGAAUCAGCUCCUCAACUCACAAGAUUGUUGACAAGGAGGUUACCACCAUUGUGAUCAAGAUAAAUAAUGUGGAGUAUUAAAGUUAUGUGUUACUGUGUGGCUCAUUUUUAUAUUUAUUUCAUUAAAAUCAUGUGAUGCAGAAUAGUUUUGCAAUAUGUAUAUAGCUGCAGGAAAAAAAAAAACACCACUGCAAAACUUACUGUUAAUUUUAGUCACCAACGGUAUAAAGUAAAACUUAGGUUUAGAAUGUGCCUAGGAUACCUGAAACCUGAUGGUUAUCUUUAAAAUUGAUGGUUUUUCUCCUGAAAUGUGCAUGGAAGAACUGCCUUGCUAUUUUACCCUGUUGCCAUGUAUGACUAUUCCUUGGGAGGUUACUUAAUUAUUCUGAUUGAAGAUUGGCCUAGGAAAUGGAAGCUGCUGCCAGGCAACACCACUCACAGUAACUUAAAGGAAUUAUUUCUGAUUAGAGGAUCGUCUUCAAAAAGGAAGGGGUGGGAGGAAACUGUUCUUUUAUCUUCAAAUCCCUAGCAGAAAUGACUGUUUCCAAUUGUGCUUCACUUGUAUGUGAUGUUAACUAUUCUUCAGUCCCUCACUGUCUUUUUUCCCCCUUGUUAAAGGCUGAUUGUUCUGUUCAGUAGCAGCUUCGACUGACCAAGAAAGGAGCCCUGGUGGCGCAAUGGUGAAGUGCUCAGCUGCCAACUGAAAGGUCAGCGGUUCGAACUUACCAGCUGCUCCAUGGGAGAAAGAUGUGGCAGUCUGCUCCCAUAAAAAGAUUUACAGCCUUGGAGACCUUAGGAGGCAGUUCUAUUCUGCCCUAUAGUGUCGCCAUGAGUCGGAAUCAACAGCAGUGGGUUUGGUUUGGGUUUGGUCAGGUGACCAAAAGACUAAAAUCUUUGUUUUAAUGUCAGUGCCAAAAGCCUUAAGAAUUUUUGCAGUGACAAGAUUUUAGUCUCUUCACAAUAAAUAUUUUUUAACCAUAGCAUUUAUUUUAAGCAUCAUCUUGGAUUUGCAAACCUUUGUUAUGUCUCGGUUUUAAAAGAAUCCAGGAUUGGCAAGGUACACGUUAUAUGGUUGAGUUUCUGUUUUUACAGAAAAUUGUUAAAUACUUCUUGACUCACAGAUCAGAUAAUAUGGAAAUUACUUUCUGUACAUUAAUUUUUCCAUGUGAUUUUAUAAGAGAUUAUUUAGGUAAAUAGACGAAGAACAAUUAAUUUCAUUCUUACCUGCUUUGCCUCUGGUGGUACAAGGUUCUGAAACAUGAUCGUAAACAACUCUCUAGAAAUUCUGGCAAGAUUUUUGUAGUAAAGAUCUGGCAGUAUCCUGCAUAACUAUUUGGGAGGGGAAAAUAAUCAGUUCUGAUAAAGGUCAACCAUAUUCAGGAAAUGAUCUCUCCAAACCUCACUAUCCUGUAAGGUUAUCAAAGUAGCUUAGUCCAGCUAAGUCCUCUCCAUCAGAGACAUAAGUUAUAUUUUUAAAAAUAUAAAACAAAAAACUUGGAUUAGAGCUUUAAAAAAAAAAACCUUAGUUCUUUGAAAAUAUUCAAGUUAAAAAUAUUUAUAAAAUAUUUCUAUUACAAAGCACUGACAAAUGAUUCCCUGUGUGACUUGGAGUUAUCUUUGAGGUCAUUGUACUACAAAUCUUUGUUUAAAAAGCCAAAGUCAAUAGGAAAAAAGUUAUAUUUUUUGGAAACAAUUCUGCAUAUCUAAGUUUCUUUUACAGACUUAAGUUUCUAGUUCCUCUUGUCAAAGUGUCCAUCGCAUUUCAGAUUAUAUGGUUCUUUUUAACUUUCAAUAAGCCUGACACCAAAAAGAGAAAAGGCGCUUAUCAAAAUGUGGACAACCAUUUUUUUUUUUCUCAUUCUCAGUUAAAGUAGCAUAACAAAUGCCUAGAACACUGCUGUCAUUGAUAAAGCACAAGCUUUAUCAGCAGCUAAACAACCAAAAUGUCCUUUGCUUUUACUUCCCCUAGAAAUAGAUUUGCAGGCAACCAUGUUUAAUUUGAAUUAUCCUAAAACUAGGAAAUAAGUGAAUCUUUUUGUCAUUUUCAGAAUACAAAUAUAAGGUUAGAUGAUACAAUCAUUCUAAUUUUUCUAAAUUCUCUGUGAUUCAGGUAGCCCUGUACUAUUUGGGUGUUAAUUUGUAUUGACAGCAAACAGCUGCACAACAGCUUGAGUAGUCCUAAGCAAUAAACUGGAUAGUGUUACAGUAGAAAAACGCCAUCAGUAUUUCAUAUAUGAGUUUCUGUUAUUACUGAUUUGAUGAUCAUUUAGGUUUCCUAUAUGUAAAUGUAUUUCUCCAGGCUCCUGUUAUACACUAUUUAGGGACAUUCUGUUAGGAUUACAUGUCCUUAAUACCCUUUUCCAUCCAGCUGUGAGAGUUUAAUACUGAUGUUUCUUUACUGAUUAUGAAACGUUCAUUCCUUGAAAAUGGUUAACUUUUGCCUUACGGUUAAAAAAUAUGUAAGGCAGAAUGAUUGUUUUCACCUUUUCAAACUUGUACAAAUCCGUGAAACCAUGGUUGUCAUGUGGUAGAUCACAAAUGGAAAUGUCUGAGGCAUAUGCUACUUUGGAGGCGUAGUGAACAUUGUGUACAGAAGCUUUCGAUCUUAACUAUAGUGUUAGUGUGAUGCUAUACUAUUGGGAAAAAAUAGCAACCUUUUUUCUAUUUUUUAAGUUGUAUGCAUAAACAUAAGAUUUGUAAUGUUUCAUUUAUAAACUGCCUUCUUCACAUGCUUACCUGUUAAUAGUGUUUUCUUGAAGUAUGAUAGUACGUCUUCCAGAAUUUCACUAUAUGCUUACAUUAAAUAGUUCCUAGAUUGUUGAGAUGUUAAAUUUCUUGUUGGUUUCUUCUUGAUUCUACAGGGCAUAUAGCAAGCCUGAAGGACAUUGUAAUCAUUUCUUACAGGGUGAAAAUUUAGAAGAAUUGUGUAUGAGAGCCUAUAUUGUUAUUUUAUCCAUUAUCAUCUCUGAGUAAGACUUUUUUUUUU